GUGGUUUGUUUUAGCGCAAAAAUCCACAACAACCAACUGUGACGGCACACCGACUAUUUCAAUAAGAAAAAACAGAUAAAUAAAGAAGAAAAACAAAAAAAUAAAAGUCGUUUUGUGAUACGAAGCGUCCCGGAGGCUGAACUUUCUCCGUCCCGGCUCAUAAUCGUGAGAAACGAGCUCUCAAACUCACGUUAGCGCUCAAAGCACCGCUACAGCAGCCCGGGAGCAGCUCUGGUCAGAUGUCGUGCACGCUGGUUGGCGCCUCUGGAGCCCGGGUCCCUCUGGAGGACGGACGAGCUGUGGUUCUGGGCCGGGGUCCGGACACCGGGGUCACCGACAAGAAAUGCUCCAGACACCAGGUGAAGGCGGUGGCUUGCUUUGCAGACCAGACGGUGCUUGUUACUCAGCUGGGAGCUAAUCCCAGUUUCCUGGAUAGUGACAAGCUGGGCCGGGGACAGUCUGGUAAACUCGCCCACGGAGGCACCCUCUACCUGGUCAACCAGGACCAUCCGUUCACACUGAAGUUCUCUCUGAGCUCAAACGGAACAACCUCCAGCUCUGCACAGAGAGGACUGAAAGCCACAGACAAAACCAAAGGAGGGAGGAACGGCAAAGCAAAAGAGGAACAGGCGAGUCCGACGCCCAAGCGCAGCAUCAAGGACUUCUUUCCCACUUCCCCCAUGAAGUCAUCUAAGAGGCGACGGAGCCCAGAGAGGGGACAGACCGAGGAGAAGCGCCGAAGAAAAGAGGAGGCCUCAGAUAGACAGAUGAAGGAGGAUGAGGAGGAGGAUGAGGAGGAGGAGAGGCUGGCUGAGGAAAAGCUCAAGCAUCUGCAGGAGUUUGCUGAAAAAUCUGCGACAGGAGAAAGUAACAGCGUCGGACCUUCGUCUUCCUCAUUGUCUUCAAAGGCGUGUCUGAAGAGCAGCUGGCAGCAAACAGGAAACCUGAUGCUUUAUACUGCAGCUGGUGUCAAAGCCAGUGACAAGGUUGCUGGGUUUGACAUUGAUGGCUGUAUUAUCACCACCAAGUCUGGCAAAGUCUUUCCCACUGCUCCAGAUGACUGGAGGAUCCUGUACCCUGAGAUUCAGCCCAGACUGGCCAGCUUGCUCAGAAAAGGCUACAAGGUGGUGUUCUUCACCAACCAGAUGGGGAUCGCCAAAGGAAAACUGAGACCAGAAGUGUUCAAGUCUAAAGUGGAGGACAUCCUGAGCACGCUGCAGCUGCCGGUGCAGGUGUUUGUGGCGACCGGUCCGGGGAUUUACCGGAAACCAGUGAUGGGAAUGUGGAACCACCUGUGUGAGAAGGCCAACGACGGCGUCGCUGUUGACAAGAAGCAGAGUCUGUUUGUUGGAGAUGCUGCAGGACGACCAGAGAACUGGGCUCCGGGGAGGAAGAAGAAGGAUUUCUCCUGCAGCGACCGUCUGUUUGCCUUGAACAUCGGGCUGCAGUUCCACACCCCAGAGGAGUACUUUCUGGGCUGGAAGAGCGCCCCCUACAACUUGCCUGAAUUCGACCCUAGGAAGCUUGACUCGGCUGCCCAGCUGUACGACCCACCGUCUGCCUCUCUCACCUCCAGCAAGACAGAAGUCAUCGUUGCCGUUGGUUUUCCUGCAUCUGGUAAAUCCACCUUCUUCCAUGCUCACGUUAUUCCGAAGGGCUACGUCUACGUCAACAGGGACACUCUUGGUUCCUGGCAGAACUGUGUGUCGGCAUGCCAACGGGCUCUGAACGAGGGCCGCAGUGUCGCCAUCGACAACACCAACCCAGACCCGGAGUCUCGUAAACGAUACGUGGACGUGGCAAAGGCAGCCGGAGUGACUUGCCGCUGCUUCCACUUCACCGCCUCUAUGGAGCAGGCCAAGCACAACAACAGAUUCAGGGAGAUGGUUCCAUCGGACACCAAACACGCCAAGGUCAACGACAUGGUUUUCUACGGCUACAGGAAGAACUUUGUGGCUCCUGCUCUCUCCGAAGGAUUCUCUGAGAUCCUCCAAAUCAACUUUGUGCCAAACUUCAAAGACAGCCAAUCAGAAACCUUGUUCAGACAGUUUUCUGAGGGCUGACUGGACACCGCUUUUUAAAGAAGGAACAAGUCAGCAGAUGCCAACACGUUUUUGUUUUUUUGUUUAUUUCAGCUGAUACACUGUCUGCUGCAUUAGCCGAUAUCUGUGUCACCGCUCUGUCUGACUAAUUUCCUGUACCUACACCGUCUCCACGGUUACGCUAACUAGACUUUUGCAAGAAACCAUGCACAUGAGUGUACAGAUGUAGUUUUGUUCAGCAUGUAGGAGUAAAAAAAUGAAAUGGAAAAAGCAAGUAAGAAUAUCUUUUAUACUGUACGUUGUGUGUGAUUUACUGCACUGCUGCUGCUCUAAACACUGUCACUCAGUUAGACAAUAAAGCUUUGAAAUCUA